AUGGACCCAGCUGCUUCUCGUCCUGCUGUAGUCAUCGACAAUGGCUCCGGGUAUACCAAGAUGGGGUUUGCGGGUAAUGUUGAACCUUGUUUUAUUGUUCCGACAGUAGUUGCGAUUAAUGAGUCGUUUCUGAAUCAAUCGAGGAGUUCUUCCAAGGGAAAUUGGAUUGCACAGCAUAAUGCUGGUGUUAUGGCUGAUCUUGAUUUUUUUAUUGGAGAUGAUGCACUUUCUAAGGCUCGAUCUAGCAGCACUUAUAAUCUCACCUACCCGAUUAAGCAUGAGAGUCCAUUGACAGCGCCCGAGAGUCGCGAGUAUACUGGUGAAAUCAUGUUCGAGACUUUUAAUGUGCCUGGACUUUACAUUGCUGUGAACUCUGUGCUUGCUCUGGCUGCUGGCUACACAACAUCUAAGUGUGAGAUGACAGGAGUUGUAGUUGAUAUCGGAGAUGGGUCUACACAUGUUGUACCUGUUGCAGAUGGUUAUGUUAUUGGAAGUAGCAUCAAGUCAGUUCCUAUUGCUGGAAAGGAUGUUACUCUUUUUGUCCAGCAGCUAAUGCGGGAAAGAGGAGAGAAUAUACCUCCAGAAGACUCUUUUGAAGUGGCUCGGAAAGUGAAAGAAAUGCAUUGCUACACCUGCUCUGACAUAGUGAAGGAAUUUAAUAAGCAUGACAAAGAACCGGCCAAGUAUAUCAAGCAAUGGAGAGGUGUAAAACCGAAGACCGGGGCUCCAUAUUCCUGUGAUAUUGGCUAUGAACGCUUUCUUGGCCCUGAGGUUUUCUUUAAUCCUGAGAUGUAUAGCAGCGACUUUACCACUCCUUUGCCGGUCGUAAUAGACAAGUGCAUUCAGUCUGCACCAAUUGACACAAGGAGAUCAUUAUAUAAGAAUAUAGUGUUGUCGGGAGGAUCAACGAUGUUCAAGGAUUUUCAUAGGAGAUUGCAACGUGAUAUAAAGAAAAUUGUGGAUGCCCGUGUCCUUGCAGCUGAAGCACGCCUAAAUGGGGAGAUAAAAUCACAUCCCGUGGAGGUCAAUGUACUCAGCCAUCCUAUCCAAAGAUUUGCAGUUUGGUUUGGAGGAUCAGUGCUUGCAUCAACGCCAGAGUUUUUUACGGCUUGUCAUACAAAGGCAGAAUAUGAAGAAUAUGGAGCAAGCAUUUGCCGCACAAAUCCUGUUUUCAAGGGAAUGUAUUAG